GCAUGCGUCCAUCUUGAACUCCGAGGCCUUCGUGGCUCACAUCGUAUCCUACACCCUCCAUCAUAAUUUUGUAUACUGGCUGCAUGUAUACCUUUUCGCCAAACUUGUGCUUGACGCUCUUGAAUCCUUGGCUUCGAGCCAUGCGUGCGGCAAAGUCAGCCGGAAGCUUGAAGUCGGGAUUCGCGGCCAUUCUUUGUGAGACAAGUCUUGCGAAAGCGCGAUCAAUAAGUGAAGAGCCAACACCUACACCGCUGACGGCAGCGACUUGAGAAAGCUGUGGAAAGCUCGAGUUUGUGGAAGUGGCUCGCAUCAGAGCGAGGUCUGUUGUGCCACCUCCUGCAUCCACGGUCAGAAACACGCUGUUUUCCUUGAGGCUUAUAGCUCCAGUCUUGAGAGUUGCCACGGCUGCAGCCUCGGACUCUGUGAGAUCAACCAAUGCUGAGUGUUUUGGGCCCCCAGUUCCGAAUCCAGCAUCAUGGAUUGCGCCUUUGAAGGUGUUGAUGAUAGCCAUACUCGUCCAUGUCGUGGGCGCACUGAAGAGGAAUAGGACGGCCAUGGAGUCCCAUCCACCGACAUGUUUUAUGCCCAUGCGCAUUUCUAUGCUAUCUUUGAUAUGCGCAUAUAUCUGCUUCAGAUAAUCUGUCACGAAUUGGCGAGCCUGGGCAGUGCUUUGCGGGACAUUGCUUAGGCCCUGAUGCUGUGCUGCGUCGAGGGUCUCUGGAUCUAGAAAGAUCUUGAAGAAGUCCCGACGUGUCUUGGUCGUGUCGUGGUCAUCAUCAGCACACAUGAACCCCCAAGAUGAGAUGCUUCCAUCGGCGUUGUAUACGAUUGUCGUGGGGACUUUUCGAUCACCUCUGUCGUCGCUCCCCGGCCAGUCGUUGACUACCUGAAUAGGGAUUCCAUGCCUCAUCCAGGCAACACCUAGGACAGAUCAGUUUAUAUCUGGUAUUUGCUGGACUGCUACUCACCCGUAAAGGUCGUACCAAGGUCCACAGAGAUAGCCAAGUCCGGUUGGUCUUCCAUUUGUUAGUCUGCUCGAUUUCUCUGCAGAAGCAAUUGAAGAAGAGUCAAAAGAUGAUCUGAGAGCCUUAUUGCCAGAAAUGCAACAAACCUUGGACGUGGCCCUUGCUAUAGGCCUAUUUUCAGCCGUCGGAACUGAACUUGGCGAUAUUGGUUUGUUGGAUGCACCUCCGAGGGUGCGCGGGGCGAUAUGCAACAGGUCGGCUGGGAAAUGACAGACUAGGCCUUCGGCCUCAGCCUGAUAAUGAAACAUGCAUCUCAAUGCUCCCCUGUGCUGAGUGGCUUGACAAGGGAUGCUGCUAGCUGGACUUCGAUGGAGAGGAGAGGAACUUGGUGGUGGCAAUCAAAUGGCAGUAGGGUUGGAAUCUUGAGCCUUUGCUGGUGGUCAAAAGCAACGCCUGCCCUGGAAGCUUUCGAGACUUUUGUAUUCUCAUUUUUUUCCUUAUUACCGCUCUGGAAGCUUUCAACAGCGUCUGCCCUGUCUCCUGAAUUUCUUGCCUUCUUAAGCAUCUUUAUCCCUGACCUACGAAGAUGGAUACAACGGCUCCAGUGUUGAGUGUAGUCACCGUGACAAAGCCUACAACUUUGACACUUCUGGAGGCCGAACCUGUCACGCGUACCAUUUUACAGCCAGAGUUGGGUCAAUCUGCCUCAGGCCUAAUUUUCACCAACGUGAUUGUACCGCCUACAGCGCAGCCGGUGCUAACAACAGCUAGCACGGGGUCUUCAGAGACAAAUUCAGCAAGCCAAGAAAGAACCUCAUCCAGCGCUUCAUCUACAGACCGGAAUGAUGAAAAGCCAACUGACCAGGGAGACUCAUCGGAAAGAUCAUCGGAUGGACUCAAAGGCGGCCCUGUCGCUGGAGUUGCCAUCGGCUGCCUCGUUGCUGGCCUUGCUCUGGGACUCAUAGCAGCCUUUCUACUUUUGCGGAGACGGCGGAGAGUCAAACCAGCAAACGAAGGAUUCGUCUUAGCAGAUCAAAAAUAUACGAAACCCAAGGAUGGGCCACAGGUCAUAGUUUCAUCGUCGAGGCACGAUGCUGAACUCAGCCAGUUUCUUCUCGAGGCAACUCCUGACAAGGACCUCCAAGCAGAGUUGCGCUCACUCUCCGAACUCAUUUACCAACAUGUCGAGAACUAUUACCGUCGACCCCAAGUCCAGGCCGACCCGGCUGAGGUGGCUCAGAGCCUUAUCAAUAUUGGCUACUCACCAGAAGCGUCAGGACUGCAGGCAGAUACAGUUGCUGCCAUUUGCCUCAGCCCCAAGACGUCUCAAGUUGGACUUCGUCAUGUCAUCUCGCAUGCCAUCUUUCGGAGCCUCGAUUUCAAUUCUGGCAGCAGCUUGUCCAUGCUUCCACUAGCGGUUGCAACACUGGCGCAAGGAAGCCACUCAGCUGAAAACACAAACAAUCCUGCAAUUGUCUUGGCACGUUCCAGGUGGCGCACACUCUCUGCUCUGCUUCUCCAUCCUAACCCGGAUGAGAGAACACCACUCCCGGUGUCAGUGACAGAAGCUUCCCCUAUGGCUCUGUCAUUUGCGAAUGAGCUUAAUCGAUUCUUGGAGAUCUUUGCUGCAAAGGAUUCGGCUAGCCAACAGGAUCAGAUGAACCAUCUACAGGCUGUCAUUCUCGAGUGUACCAAACUGGGCUAUGUCGUUCUAUCACAGCCGAGUGACUUGAGGUUCGUUUUUAGCAACAGUACACCUAUUGCAAAAAGCCGCAGGGUUGUGGUGUGUCCUGGUUUGGAAAGGCUGAGCCAAAACGAUGGAAUGAGGUAUAGAUCGCCCAAGGAAGUGGUAGCACCGGAAACUGUGAGUUUGUGAGGGAGAGGAAGCCUAUUCACUGCAACCUUUUGGUCAUCGGGUUUCAUUGAUUGGAUGGUUAGAUAUGACUAGUUGCAAAAGGCUCGGUAUGUAGCCCUGUCCUGUAGCUAAUACAUAACUUAGUACUGCGUAGAACUAUAGCCACGCCUAAUAAGGAG